AGCCAGCACCAGGGGAAGGCAGUCAGAAGGGCCCUAGUAGGGGUCGGACCUGGUCUCUGUUUAUGGCCUCCGAGUUCCUCUUUUGCUUCUGUGACCCAAUCUUCAGGCUGGGAUGGAAACCUCUGUGGUGUGUUUUUUACCUUCAGAUUUUCGCUUUUCCCACAUGAGUAGCUUUGUUGUGAAUCCAAGGUGAGCUCUGCUGCACUAGCUCUCCACCCACAUCACCUUGGCUCCCGACUGUCCUUUACCUGCACCGUGACAGACUCGACUCCAGCUUUGGGAUGGGUCCAGCCACCUCACUGUGCGCACCAGCAGAAUGGCUGGAUGUCCACUUCCUGGGCUAUUAUCUAGCCCUAGGAUCCAGAUCACACAGGCUUUCAUGUCAGUGGAAAUGCUGACGAUAAUGUCCGAACAAAGGAAGAAAGCGAAAGCACGAACCCACAAAGUCAUAGGAGCGGUGGGACCUUCGCUUAAAGAGAAACCCAAGGGGGAAGAACAAAGGCUGCAAGGAAACACGCCCGGUUGGACAGCUGCCGCGGGAUGUGCACACAGAAUACCUCUAGCAUGAACUGUGUGAGGAUUCCACCUGCCUUUUGACCAUGAAGGAGACAGACAGGGAGGCUGUUGCGACAGCAGUGCAGAGGGUUGCUGGGAUGCUCCAGCGCCCCGACCAGCUGGACAAGGUGGAGCAGUACCGCAGGAGAGAAGCGCGGAAGAAGGCCUCCGUGGAGGCCAGACUGAAGGCUGCCAUCCAGUCGCAGUUGGACGGGGUGCGCACGGGGCUCAGCCAGCUUCACAAUGCCCUGAAUGAUGUCAAAGACAUCCAGCAGUCACUGGCAGACGUCAGCAAGGACUGGAGGCAGAGCAUCAACACCAUCGAGAGCCUCAAGGACGUCAAGGAUGCCGUGGUGCAGCACAGCCAGCUUGCCGCGGCCGUGGAAAACCUCAAGAACAUCUUCUCAGUGCCUGAGAUUGUGAGGGAGACCCAGGACCUAAUUGAACAAGGGGCUCUCUUGCAAGCCCACCGGAAGCUGAUGGACCUUGAGUGUUCCCGGGAUGGGCUGAUGUACGAGCAGUACCGCAUGGACAGUGGGAACACACGUGACAUGACCCUCAUCCACGGCUACUUUGGCAGUACGCAGGGGCUGUCUGAUGAGCUGGCUAAGCAACUGUGGAUGGUGCUGCAGAGGUCGCUGGUCACUGUCCGCCGCGACCCCACCUUGCUGGUCUCGGUUGUCAGGAUCAUUGAAAGGGAAGAAAAAAUCGACAGGCGUAUACUUGACCGUAAAAAGCAAACUGGCUUUGUUCCUCCUGGGAGGCCCAAGAAUUGGAAGGAGAAAAUGUUCACCAUCUUGGAGAGAACUGUGACCACCAGAAUUGAGGGCACACAGGCAGACACCAGGGAGUCUGACAAGAUGUGGCUCGUCCGCCACCUGGAGAUUAUAAGGAAGUACGUCCUGGAUGAUCUCAUUGUCGCCAAAAACCUGAUGGUUCAGUGCUUUCCUCCCCACUAUGAGAUCUUCAAAAACCUCCUGAGCAUGUACCAUCAAGCCCUGAGCACACGGAUGCAGGAGCUGGCGUCGGAAGACCUGGAAGCCAAUGAGAUUGUGAGCCUCUUGACAUGGGUCCUAAACACCUACACAAGCACAGAGAUGAUGAGGAAUGUGGAGCUGGCCCCGGAAGUGGACGUCAGCACCCUGGAGCCUUUGCUUUCUCCACACGUGGUCUCUGAGCUGCUUGACACAUACAUGUCCACGCUCACUUCAAAUAUCAUCGCCUGGCUGCGGAAAGCGCUGGAGACAGACAAGAAAGACUGGGUGAAAGAGACGGAGCCGGAAGCCGACCAGGACGGGUACUACCAGACCACACUCCCUGCCAUUGUCUUCCAGAUGUUUGAACAGAAUCUUCAAGUUGCUGCUCAGAUAAGUGAAGAUUUGAAAACAAAGGUACUAGUUUUGUGUCUUCAGCAAAUGAAUUCCUUCCUAAGCAGAUACAAAGAUGAGGCACAGCUGUAUAAAGAAGAGCACCUGCGGAAUCGGCAGCACCCACAGUGCUACGUGCAGUACAUGAUCGCCAUCAUCAACAACUGCCAGACCUUCAAAGAAUCCAUAGUCAGUUUAAAAAGAAAGUAUUUAAAGAAUGAAGUGGAAGAGGGCGUGUCUCUGAGCCAACCAAACAUGGACGGGAUUUUAGACGCCAUCGCAAAGGAGGGCUGCAGUGGCUUGCUGGAGGAGGUCUUCCUGGACCUGGAGCAACAUCUGAAUGAACUGAUGACGAAGAAAUGGCUCUUAGGAUCGAACGCUGUAGACAUUAUCUGUGUCACCGUAGAAGACUAUUUCAACGACUUCGCCAAAAUUAAAAAGCUGUAUAAGAAGAGGAUGACGGCCGAGGCACACCGGCGUGUGGUGGUGGAGUACCUGCGGGCCGUCAUGCAGAAGCGCAUUUCCUUCCGGAGCCCUGAGGAGCGCAAGGAGGGUGCGGAGAAGAUGGUCAGGGAGGCAGAGCAGCUGCGCUUCCUGUUCCGGAAGCUGGCAUCUGGGUUUGGGGAAGACGUGGACGGGUGCUGUGACAGCAUCGUCGCCGUGGCCGAGGUGAUAAAGCUGACAGACCCUUCUCUGCUCUACCUGGAAGUCUCCACUCUGGUCAGCAAGUACCCAGACAUCAGGGACGACCACAUCGGUGCGCUGCUGGCUGUGCGCGGGGACACCAGCCGCGACAUGAAACAGACCAUCAUGGAGACCCUGGAGCAGGGCCCAGCACAGGCCAGCCCCAGCUACAUGCCCCUCUUCAAGGACAUCGUGGUGCCCAGCCUGAACGUGGCCAAGCUGCUCAAGUAGCCUCCACUGGCCUGGCUUGCGCCCUCCACAGUCCCAGGCCCCACCCUCAGAAACACAGUAAAGCCGCACCCUCCACAGCCGUCUCCAUCCUCAGAAAUGCCGCAGCCUCCGCCAGCCUGGCCUUUACCCCUCUGCAACCCUGUCCCUGCCCUCAGAAUCGCAGUCAAUUGCUCUCCUUGGCCACGCAUGCUGGUUUCAGCUGCAGGCCCGUCCUUAGGCGCCCGGUGAUGCACUGGGUACGUGUGGAGUGAGCCGUGUGCAGAGGCCCCUCGUUCUGCUAUGAAAGCCCUGGGUGCACAGCCUGUCUCGGGUGCUUGCUUACUGCCGUUGUUGAAGGUGCGGGGGGCGCAGGGGACAUGAACCUCCGAGCCCUCCCUCCUCCCUGGACUGCACCCCACCUGCUGUAAGUACUCGGAACUCUGUCAGCUAAUUAAAGUCUCUCUGCUUCCUCAGAGAAAUGAAAACGCCACGCACUCUCUUUCCAGUUAAGGUUUCCUGACUACUGAUCCAGCAUUGCCCAGGAACUGUGUCAAUUACGGAAGUAAAAGUCUUCCCUCAGCCUCCUUGUCCCCUUCUGACAUCCCAGACUCACUCCUUGGGUCCUUUGAGAGAUGAGACACUCACCUGCUGCGCCCAGCAAGCCCUGUCCCCACCCCCAGGUGAGCAGACCUCUGGCACUGGACGGUGCCAGCUAGGUCAGCCAUGCCUGGUAGAUGAGCAAUGGCAGGAGUGUCAAUUUUGGUAAAAGCAAAUAUAAAAGUGAAUAUUUCCUUGGAGUACAUUUUCAAGACCUGUGGAUCAUGCUUUUCCUGAUAGGGACUCCUUUAAAUUCUUUUUUCCAAGAUGUAUCCGUUUCUCUACAGCAUCUGCCUUCGAUGGUACGUUAGUCUUUAAUUUCAUCCAAAGCUAAUUAAGGGAGUUACCCCAGAGGCCGGGUGUGGUGGCUCACACCUGUGAUCCCAGCAAUUUGAGAGGCUGAAGUGGGUGGAUCAUUUGAGAUCAAGAGUUUGAAACCAGUCUGGUCAACAUGUCGAAACCCCAUCUCUACUAAAAAUGCAAUAUUAGCCAGGUGUGGUGGUGCACGCCUGUAAUUCCAGCUACUUGGGAGGCUGAAGCAAGAGAAUUGCUUGAACCCGGGAGGCAGACGUUGCAGUGAGCCAAGAUCGCACCGCUGCGCUCCAGCCUGGGCGACAGAGUGAGAUUCCGUCUCAAUAAAAAGAAGAGGGGAGUCACUCGAGGAGGAGCAGGGAGCCCUUGGUCCUGGUGCUCAGAUGGCAGAGUCCUGUGCUCUCUGUUUACAGAAAAGAAUUGUCUUGGUUGAGGAGGCGUUUUACCUUCAUUCCUCUGCUCCCCUGUGUACACAGCGCCUCGUUCCCUCCAUCCUUGUCUCAGCCCCAGGGACUCACGGCUGGAAGGGGUAGGGGUGUCUGCGGGCCUGUCUGUCCUCGGGGACCCUGUGGUGAAGGUGCUGUGUGAGGAGGUGCUUUGUUUGCUCUCAAGACAUUUUGGAGAUGGCAGAGUUGACAUUUUGCUUUUAUUUCAUCCUCAUGUGAUGUGUGAAAAAUUUACAAGUGGGACUUUUUCUUGAAAGAAUCAAAACUUAAGGGGAGUUAAAUAACUGAGACAUAGAAGCAGCUCUUAGGAGCAUCAGGGCUCAGAAGCGGGUGCUCUCCCUAGGCCAUCCAGCGGGCACUCCGUCCCCCAGUGCCCCGUGUGCCUCAAUCCAGCUCCCAGCUCAGCAGCAGGCCGUGAAUACGCCUGGCUUACAGUGAGUGCUCAGUAAAUGCAUGUGGAUGAAUAAAAUUCGUGUUUGCAGUCAUUAA